AUGAAAAUGCGUGGCGUCAAGUACUUCCAUGUGUACUGCAUUGAUAAUAUCCUGUGUAAAGUGGCGGAUCCACAUUGGCUCGGUUACUGCAUUGAGAAGCAUGCAGAUGUUUCUACGAAGACUAUUCGCGAAAUAAUCCCGGCGAUUGGUGGGGUCGUUUGUACUGGACCAAGGACGUCACUGAGAGUGACCGAGUACAGUGAACUGGGUGCCGAACUAGCUGAGAAGAAAACGGAUGACGGACGUCUGCUUUUCUGUGCAGGCUCCAUCGCCAACCACAGCGGCUUAGUUGGUUACGACAAAGUAUUCUGUGAAUGGUCUUUCCACCUACCGUACCACCGUGCCUCGAAGAAAAUACCGCAUAUAACCCCGGAUGGAACGCUUGUGAAGCCCACAAGUCCGAACGGUAUAAAACUGGAGCAGUUCGUGUUUGACGUCUUCGAAAAGAGCAAAAAAUGGCUGGAAGCGGCUGGUGCUAUUGUGAAGGGCGACGAUCCCGUUUUUAUUGCGGCAUUCGCUAGUUAUUGCGGCGAGUCAAAAGUCAAAAGUUGGCAAGUUGCCAGUGAUCGAUGA